GUCAUUGUUGGUGUGUAGGAUGCCGCUGUGGGUGUCUAUCAGGCGAAGAGGUAUAUUCGCUAAUUUAUCGUCGAUUAUGUUCUGGAAAGUCUCCCGUAGGUUCUUGAGGGUAACCUCGGGGUCUUCAACAGGGCUGUCGGCUCUGUCGGCAUCCUCCACAGUGCUAGCAAACUCUUGGGCGGGGGCGUCUGAAGAUGGGGACAUGGAUUGCAUUUCUGCCUCUUGCGGGGAUUCUGUCAAUAUGGACAAGGAAUCUUGGCGAAGUGAUUCGUCUUGUGGGAGUUCUUCUCUUGUUUCUUCUCCUUGAGCGCCUUCCGGGGCGGGCGUCGAGUUGUCCUCGAUGCCGUCUACGGGGGCUUCAACGGAUAGCGCAAGGCGAAUUUGUUCAAGGAGGAGAGGUGCGCCAGUCUAGUAGCAAGCGUGACGAGAUGCAUUUAUACGUCUAA